ACUCCAUCGGAGCAGUGGUGGUGCACGGGCGACACCGCCUCUCGGACGAGUGCGCGAUGCUCGACGCGCCGCGCGCCAUCCUUCGCUGCUGGGGCUGGAGGCUCGACGGAUCACUGCCGGCGCCGGUGGGCACGCCAGGCAAGUACCGCCUGGACGCGCUGCUGCCCAUCGCGGCUCUGCCGUGGAGCUCGACGGGUGGGCACGACGGCAUCCCGCCGUACUCACAGCUGCGGCCACCCGCACGAGGCGUAGCUUCGGCCGUCGUGUGCGGCCCAGCGGCACUGCGCAGAGGAGGCGCACGGUGGAGCAGCCGCGUCUCGGAGCAGCUGCAGGCGGCCACUGUCCGGCUGCACGAGGACGUGCUGCGCAUGAGCGGCGCGCUCGAGGGGCUCGACCUCCUGCGCGCCGAGGCGCUGGGGGCGGCCCGCCGCCCUUCUGAGCCACGGCCGGCCUGGGUGGAGAGGGCGCUGGCAGCAGAGAGGUCGGCGGCGGCCGCCUCGAGCGGCGCCUGAGGGCGCGGCCGCCAGGAGUCCUCACUGAUGGAGAGCGGGCACGUACUGGCCGAGGGCCGACCACCUAUCCUGAUGAGAUGAUGAACAUGGCUGGCCGCGGUCACGGAUGUCGUCGACCGGCGCGGUGUGACGGCUGUCCUUUUUCAUAUAUCGACUAUCGUGCGUGGAGUCGUGCACCGACUAUUAUACCAGUCUACACCGAUCACCGUAAUUUAUUACG